ACUUGAAAACAUUCUACUGAGGGUAGACCUAACGUGCAGCACUCACUUGGAGUCGAGAACUCAGCAGGAAGAUGGGCAGGCAAAAGAUAAUCCUGGAUAAGAUAGCUCGCACCUUGCAAAUUCGUAAUAAGCUAGUGCGUCAGGGACUGGCUGAAUGCUUGGGCACACUAAUCCUAGUGAUGUUUGGCUGCGGUGCAGUGGCUCAGUUAGUGCUCAGUUCAGGAUCUCACGGCAUCUUCCUUGCUGUAAACUUAGCCUUUGGCUUUGCAGCUACACUGGGGAUCUUGGUGUGUGGCCAAGUCUCAGGAGGUCAUCUGAACCCAGCUGUAACCUUUGCCCUCUGCCUUCUUGGAAGGGCAAAAUGGAGAAAAUUUCUGGUGUACUUUCUCUUCCAGACACUUGGUGCCUUUUUUGGAGCUGGUAUCAUCUUUGGCAUGUAUUAUGAUGCUAUCCAGACAUACUAUAAAAAAGAAAACCAACUACCACUUGGAAUUUUUGCCACCUACCCCAACCUGCACCUUAGUACCGCCAAUGGCUUUUUUGAUCAGGUGAUAGGCACAGCUGCACUGAUUGUGUGCAUCCUGGCCAUUGUAGACCCCUUCAACAACCCCAUCCCAGCAGGACUUGAGGCCUUCACUGUGGGAUUCACUGUACUUGUCAUUGGGUUAUCUAUGGGCUUCAACUGUGGCUAUGCCGUAAACCCAGCCAGGGACCUGGGGCCUCGUCUUUUCACCGCCAUUGCAGGCUGGGGUGGUCAAGUCUUCACUCAUGGGAAUUACUGGUUCCUGGUGCCCAUCUUUGCCCCAUUCCUGGGUACCAUCAUUGGGGUGAUUUUGUACCAACUGUUGGUGGGCUGGCAUACAGAAGGGGAGGCACGGGACAAGCAAAAGGCAACAGAAGAGCAGAAUGUCAAGCUGAAUGAUAUUGAUUCUUCAGCUCCCUAAGCUGGGUAGAUCAACAUAGCAACUAGGCUUACCACUGUUUUUCUCAUGAUUAUAGGUUAUGAACAAUGAUACACUUUCAAGAGGUAUUCUUGCACCUGUCAUGUAGGGAAUCUGCAUAUAGAGAGUAAUGAAGAACAAGGCUGUAUAUCUUCAAAUUAAUUACAUUUCACAAAAGUGCUAUAAUUUCUGACAUAUAUGCUUGUAUGUCCUUUGUGCUCUAUACUCUGCAUAUUUUCAAGACAUAAAACUAAGUUCUGUUUCUUCAUGACGAAUUAUAUUAAUUCUUCAAAGGAAAGAAGUAAUGGAAACAAAAUUCAAAUCCUGGAAGAGUGUGACAACAUUACAUUUACAAUGUUUUGUGCCAUUUUUUUAAAAAAAAUUCUAUAAUACUAUCAUGCUUAGCAAUAGUACAUGUAUGCAUACUUGCUAAUUUUCAUUUUUGUAAAUAUAUAUUUGUUUACAGUCAGCAUUCUUUAAGGCAAGAAACCUGUAGGUCAGUGGUGAACUUCUGUUGUAUGUCAACCAUUAUGUACUAUGUAAGUUCUUUUGGAGAAGUUUUAGCUAUUCCAUUAUGGCUAAAAUAUUAGUAAUGCUCAUAUACUUUGAACAUAGGUAAAGAAUUAAACAUAAGCUACUUUUAUUUUUACUUUUGUAAUUUUGUUGAAAUGAAAAAUGAACAACAGCAACUGUCCUGCCAAAACAAGAGCACUGCACUGACUCCAUUUAGCAUGUUAACAGCAUUUAUAUAGACUGUGGUCCACUGCUUUUCUUACUGCCUUUUUUCCCUAUUGAGCAAGCAUUUAAAUUUGCAUGGCUUUGUACAUUUAGAUGUAUCAACAGAAUCUUUUAUAUUUCUAAUUUUAUUAUGAGCACUAUUAUGCAAAUUACUUUUAAUACUGAGAGAGGUUUGCUUCUGCAUUCAUCCAAGUUUUGUAUUUUGUACACUUAAUGCAAUUUUAAACAUGUAAAUAAAAACCUUAAACCUUU